AAAGCAAAAUUUCUGACCCACUUUUGGGUGUUCCAAACUUGCUGGACUUCCCUUGCCGUCGUUCUCAACUACCGUGAGCAGACCAACAACCUCCGUCGCCGCCGCCACCUUCUUCUUUCUUCUUCUUUUUAACUUCUCCAUAUCCCAUCUCUCUCUCCCCAAAAUCCACAGUUCCAUAGAAACACACAGAGAGAUACAUCGAAAAUUGGCUAUGGCUAUGUCUAUGGCCACCACCUGCUGCCUGAACAACCUCAAUCCGCCGCCGCAGUUGCCCCAAAACUCCACCACAUCCGUCAACAAUCAAUUGGUUCCAUGGAAUGGAAAUGGAGAAUGGUGGCAAAAACGGCGCGUUUUGGUGGUGGCCGGAGUGGCAACGGCGCUGAUAAUGGCCGGAGAAAGCGGUGGCGUUGAAAUGGGAAAUGUUAACAUUGUUGAUUCCAGAAAAUGGAGCGAAGAAAGAAUGUGCCCUCAGUGGCGCCUCAAUUCCCUCGAAACCGUCGUGCCGGAGAAUCUUCCUAGGCCGACCGGCCGCCGGAGAUGGGACCCCGCCGCCCUUCCUCACACGGCGCCGGCGCCUCAACUUCGAACCACACAUACAACUUCCCUUUCUACUCGCUGCUUCUCCUUGUAAAUAACCAAAACCAAUUUACAAUUUACAACGCAAUUUACCAUUUCUUCAAAUAUAUAUCAUUUUACAAUAAUAAUUAAAAAAAAAAACACACAUUAAAACGUCGGAUCACCUCAUCAAUUAUUCAAUCAUAGAUUCUCACGUCUCAAAUUAA